AUGACCACUGCAUCUGAUUCUGCCCACACUGAUAUCUUUCAAUUCAAGCAGAAGGUAAGGGUCGAGGUUAACAAUGUGUUGUCUAGCCCAGUAACCAUCCAUUGCAAGUCGAAGGACAAUGACCUUGGGUCCCAUGUGAUCAAUGCGCAUGGGUUAUACUCGUUUGGGUUCAAUGUCAACUUCAUAGGCACCACCCUGUUCUUCUGCGGAGUGAGCUUGCAGGGCAAGAGAGUCACUUUCGAUGUUUACAAGGCCUCCAGGGACCAGAGCCGAUGUCCGCACUUCUGUGAAUGGCACGUUGACACAAAUGGUGUGGAGGGCUUUAAGCCGUCCGCUAAGGCCCCCGACAUUGUGAUUCCAUGGAAAUAA